ACAGCAGUGCUCUUAUUUUCUUCCAGCCAGGAGUGCCGGGCCUGGGGGUGCUCUGCAGCAUGUCAGUGCGCUCCAGGGAGUGGGAGGACGAGGACAGGGCCAGCAUGGGGCCCAUGGUCUCCACGGGCAGCUUUUACCAGUCCGGGAGCGAGGGUGGCGUGGAGCAGCACCUGAAGGCCAGAGAGCAGGCGUCAGGUUCUGGCCACCAGUGCAGCGGCGUCGAGUCCUCAGACGGGCCUGCCAGCACUGUCGACUCUGACGUGCCCCGGGUCAUCCCCUGGCAUUUCAGCAUCUCCCUGGCCUUCCCGGUGAAUGUCGGUGAUAAAGGAAAAUGUACAAGUUUGAUUGAAAAACGUAAGAAAUGCCCUAAAACGGGCAAACCUGCUGCAAAGCUUCGCCGUUUCUACCACAUUGAGUAUUUUCUUCUGCCGCAUGAUGGAGAGCCUAAAAAAGUUGACAUUGUGCUGUUUCCAGCGGUGGCCAAAGUGUUCCUGGAUUCAGAAGUAAAGACCGUGAGGCCGUGGCAUGAAGGAGACAAAGUCUGGGUGUCAUGGACCCAGACUUUUAACAUCAACAUGACAAAGGAGUUACUAAAGAAAAUAAAUUUUCACAGAAUAACUUUGAGGCUCUGGGACACUAAGGAGAAGAUUUUGAAAAAAAUUAGGAAGUAUCGAUCAGAGACUUUUGGGUUUUCGGAAGAUGCAGGAGCUCUUGAGGAAGUGAGAGAUGUGCUUCUGAGGCAGAGGAGGUUAUUUGAACAGGGCAGGCACAAAGAGAAGUGGAAUGAGGAGUCUUUGCAUGCAGGGCCUGAGGCUUUUUCCAAGAACGCUGAAGGAUUUCCAAAGCUGGUCAGAACGGAGGAUCUUGCCACAGUUGGAUGGAGUACUUCAAGAGCACAAGGCAUUUCUUUUGGAGGGGAAAAGGAGAUGGAGAGGAAGGAAUUAACUGAGAGAUCAUCGUUUAGCAGCUUACCAAACAUAUUAGAAAAGCUAACAUUUCAAGUUAAACAGGAAAAAUCAGAGGGGAGAAAGAAAAGCCAGAAAGGAAGGAACAAGUCUCAAGCAGAAGAGGAAACUGAUCCCAUGCUGGCAGGCCAUGGGAAGCAAUGCACCUUCUCCAUCCAACUGGUGCUGACGCCGCUCCUCGCAGGAUGUGAAACUGUUGUGAGUCGUGGCAGUGGGAUGUCUGCCAACAUCUUAGACUGUCUUUUGACUUUGAAAACAGAAGUUCCUCUCAUGACUGAGGAGCAAAAGCGGGACUUAAACCCUCUGACCAUAAAGAUCAAGUGUGUCUCCUGCCUUCCGUCACAACCUCUGCCCAUCCAUGAACUAGAGAGGCUGUGCACACCUGUGUACUGCAAGUACCAGUUCCAUAAGACUCCGGUUCACAAGACUGAGGGGCAGCCCCAUGGGGUCCGUAUCUACUUUGAGGACAUCAAUGUCAUCUUCCUUGGGCUGAUGCACCCCAGUGACCUGAGGGAAUACCUGGAGGGCCCCCCCAUGGUGGUGGAAGUCCACGACCGGGACCGCAAGUCAGAGGAGUAUUCCCAGAAACCCACCCUGUUUGGGGAGGACCCCCUGGAUUCAUACCUCAACUUCCAGGCCCUCUUCUCUCCCAAAGAGACAGAAUCACAAAACAAGAUGUGGGACCCUUAUGGGGUUGCCCACGUCAGUUUUGCCGACCUCCUUCUCGGCCACAAGUUCUUGAACCUGGCGGUCCCCAUCCAAAACUGCAAGCCUAAGCCCGCAGACUGUGGCCCGGACAGCAGGAGCAGGAAGGUGGUGGGGUUUAGGGUUCCCACAGACGGCCUCCAGCGUGGCCCAAUGCCCAUGGGCAACUACCUAGAGGCCAACUCCACACUCAAGCUGCGAGUGGACAUCGCAGUGCCACUGCAGGCUGGGGCUGAAGCCCCCAAUCCAGACCUCACAGGCACCCGGUUUGGUCGCAUGAUUUUCAUGUUUGGCUCCAGGGAGAUCCUCCUACACAGCCUCCUGCAGGACAUCACCAUGAUCAACGCCAAGGCCCUUGAUCUGGACUCCUACCCUAUUGAAAACAUCCAGCAGAUCCUGUCAGGCUUUAAGAUGUGGGUGAAGAUCCAGGAAAGGGAGGACCUGGAUGUGCUCACGGGCUUCCAUCUGCUGGAUGGGAAGAUCCACCUCCUCGUUCUGGAAGGCUUGGCUGACCAAGGCUUGAAGUGUCUAUGGGAGCGCCACGAAAGCCAGAUUUCCGAAUUAGACCACGGGAAGUGCAAGGUGCUCUACAACUCCCAGCUGCUGUUUCGCCACCGCCUCUAUGCAGACCUGGAGACCAUCCUGUACCGCGUGCACCUUUCCGAGACCCUGUCGUGGCUCAUGAAACAGCCGUCACUCUACAUCCACGACGCUGUGCCAUGGGACGCCUUCCAGGCCCUGAGCAGGAUCCACUGGAUCUGCUAUUACAGCACCAGUCUCAGGGAGGUGAUCACGGGAGACCUGCUGCCUUCCUCUGACAUGAUCAAAGCCUUGAGCCAAGAGUUUGGGUUGCCUGUUUCAUGGGAACAACUCAGAGGUGCCAAACUGUUGGCUAUGCCGCCUCAUCCCGCCCCCAAUCUCGAGGAUUUACAAAGUUGGGGUUCCACCCUCCCUAAUGAGAUCCGUGCCCACCAGGAGAAGUACCCGCAGUGGCAGAACACCAGGCUGCUGAAGAAGAGAGGCCAGAAGCACAGCCUGAUCCAGGAGCGGAGGGAAGACGCACCAGCUGCCAACGCGCUGAAGCCUGGGCUGGAUCGAGAGAGGUGGAGCUGGGACCGGCGCCACCAGGACUUCGAUCUCUGUAGGAAGCCACCGCCUCUCCCCAAGCUGCUCCCUUCUCUGUCACCGAAGCCUGUAACAGGUAACAGAUGAGACCUUUACAAAGCUGUGCCUCCUGAGGCUGUCAGCAGGCAGGAAGUUGGCCACUUGGUAUCUUCAGCAGUAGCUGUUUUGUUCUAGAUGUCCAAACUUUCCGUGACAGGAAGUCAAGAUUCAGAAUGUGCCUGGUAUAACAGAUUGCAGGCUGGGCUGGAACCUAGGAGACCCGAUUCUAGU